UUUUGUUUUGAAGGAAUACCACUUUGAGUCCACCUGUCAUGGCGAAUGAUGUGGGUCUCGUGGUGGCAGCUGCCCCAUAUGGAGGACUUGGCACCGGACGCCGCAGAAGAGGAGCCUUCUCCGAGGCCGUGCUGCUUCCAUCAUCUUCCUCUUCACAGCUCCAUGGUCGCGAAGCAGUUGGCGAGGCAUGCCGAGAUGGCGCCAGCAACGCCACAGAGUUUCACCCUGCAAGUGAAGCAGAUAGCCAAGAACUUCCGAAGAUCGGAACGCAGCUGUUUGCACCAGAGUCCACGUGUUGCAAUUGCUGGAUCGCCUGGAGUAUGCUGUUGGCCUACCUCCAGGCGGAGAACUGGCCACAAGACAUGCGACGAGGCCACUGCAGCAAGAACAUGCCUCAAUCAGAGGAGGACCAGACAUCAGCUGGUCCUCCAAAGGAACAGGUUGCCCUGAUGCUUCUGUUUGGAGCAGGGAACGCCUGGAGCAGUGUCUUGGGCUUUUGCGAGCACCUGGAGGUGGCGGCAGCCGUGCCAUGCUGCAGUGAAACUGCUGCAGGAUCACGGGAUGGACGUGGCCGGCUUCUCACCGGCUCAGCUUCCUUGCCGGGAUCCAUUGCCUUGAGACACCUUGACAGGAUCUCACCACAUCUCCUAGUGAGGCUUGCUAUCCCAAGUUUGGCUUCUGGAUCUGAAGGUGAAGCAGUUCUCAGAAUGCUGGCUGCAAUGAGGGAUCAGCUCACAGCCUUAAAGGAAGUUUGUGUGCACAUUGCUCCACCCCGGCUGCCACGGGUCACCGGGGAAACCCGUGCCACCCGCAGUGAAGCCGUCUCAGUUCUGGCUGGUGCACUGUCUGCCGCCUUGCCGUGGUGGCUGGACUCAUUUCAAGCGAAUCUGCGGGGAGGGUGUUUGUUGGCUGGAGAUAGUGUGCUGGCAGAUUUGGUGGGUGCGAUACCCAAACACCUCACCCGCCUUGGCUUGGAUCUGAACCACUUCAGCUCGACCGAUGCACAAGCAGUGGCAAGAUGUUUACCAUCAAGUCUGCGGGAGCUUCGCCUCCUUUUCCACGGCCGCUCCUUUGCAUGGCUGGGUUCUGGUGUGGAAAGCAAUGGCACGGAGGAGCUUGCAUCCGCACUUCCAGCAAGCCUGGAAAAACUGCAUUUGAUGCUAGAGUCAUCAGCUGCUGGGGCUUCCCUGCUAUGCCAGGCUUUGCCUCCCAACUUGGUUCACUUAGCUCUGGACUUGCAGAUGACACUGGCGCGCAGGGAGACGGAGGUUCUGCGGCUGUCAGAGGCCCUGGCAGCAGCCCUUCCCCGGCAACUCAUGGUGCUCCAGCUUCGGCUCACUGACUUUAACCUGAGCUUGGAGGAAUUGAGGAUCUUGUCAAAAGCUUUGCCAGAGUCUUUGACAGACCUUCGCUUGGACAUUUGCUGCCGUGAUGUUGGUGACGAUGGUGCCAGUGCGCUAGCGUCCAGUCUUCCACAAGGACUCGAGUGCCUGAUGCUCUGUCUUCGAGACUGGCGCUUCUCAGCGGUCGGUGCGCGGGUGUUGGCCAGUGCCAUUCCGGAGAAUCUCCGGCGCCUCAAGCUGGCCUUUUCGAGCAGCCCGAUCGGUGCAAGCGGCGCGAGAGCGCUGACCGCACAUCUUCCGACAACGCUAUCUUGCAUGAACCUCUCUUUGAGGCAUUGCAGCCUUGGCCGUGAUGGCGAGCAAGCUUUGAAACCAUUGGCCCGACGGUGGAAUGCUCUGCCCAACAGCUGGGUCCGGGUCUACGAGAAGACGGCGCUCAGCGUCGCCGAGCCCUCGGUCCCCCGCCGUUCCCGCCGUUCCCGCACCGCGGCGGGUGGCGACGCACCACGCGGCGACCCGGCCGAGGGGCUGCGGCAUUGCAGCGAGUGGGACCUGUGGGAUCGCCCGUGAA